GUGGGUUUCACUUCCGGCAGCAGGCAGCGGGGCCAUGGCUGCCCUUCUCCGAGCUGUGCCGCGGAUGCCAGGGCCGGCCGCCCGGGGAGGGCCUCUCUCCCGGCUGUGGUGCUGCCCUGGGCAGGAUCCUAGGAGAUGGCUGGGGAGCAGGCCACCCACCUCCCAGGAGAAACCGCCAGGCACAGAGACAGAGAAAUUCCAGAUGGUCUACCGAUUUGAUGCCAUCAGAGCCUUCGGGUACUUGUCGCAGCUGAAGGUGGCGCAGACGGCCCUGACGGUGGUGGCCCUGCCGCCCGGCUUCUACUGGUACUCGCAGGGCCUCAUGACCCUCGACUCCCUGUGCCUCGUGGGCGGGAUCGCUGGCUUUGCCCUGGCCAUGCUGUGCUGGAUGAGCCACUUCUUCCGGAGGCUGGUGGGCAUCCUGUACGUGAACGAGUCGGGCACCGUGCUGCGGGUGGCCCACCUGACCUUCUGGGGCUGGCGACAGGACACCUACUGCCCCGUGGCCGACGUGGUCCCCAUAACGGAAACCCAGGACCGGCCCCAGGAGCUGUUCGUGCGUAUCCAGCAGUACAGCGGGAAGCAGACCUUCUACCUCACGCUGCGCUACGGCCGCGUGCUCGACAGGGAGCGCUUCAUGCAGGUGUUUGGGACAUUGGAUGCACUCAAGUGAGCCGCUGGGAGCCGGGCCUCGGGGUAGCCCUGGGCCACCUGGACCUCCACCGGGAAGGCAGAGGGUGUGGGUGAGGCCGAAGAAGGGGACGGGGCACUGGAGACUGCCAGGCCCCCACGGGGACUUGUCUUUUGGGACGUGGAAACUCACAAGGCAGAAGCUAGUGACCGGGCUUAGGGAAGGGGCCUGUAGUGGGAAUUCUUACUGCACUCGUGUGUGACAUUCAGUCAGACGAGGCCCGGAAGUUUCUAGGAGCCAGGCCUUGGAGGAAGCUAUGCCAACUCCGUGUCCUGGGGCAGGUUACUGAGUCUGUCUGAACCUUGGUUUUCAGAUCUGUAAAAUGGAAAUCCUGCCUGUGUGUGGGAUGGGUGUGAGAACAAACGAACGUCAAGUGUUAGUUCAGAGCUGACGGGGCGGUGGAAGGCAUCCAGCAUUCAGUGGGGUUUCCCGGGCCCUGUGCUCUGCCCCUCAUGGGCCCAGCAGCAGAAGGGACUGGGAGGAAGGCGAGAGCUGGGUCCUCACGUCCUGCUAGGAUGGUAGCUGCACAGUGACUGGGGCAGGGACGUUGUCCGAGCGAGCACAGCCCCCUACUGGGACUGCUGGCCGCCCAGAGGUCUAAGGGCCUGCAUUUGCAGUGUGACAGAGUCAGGUGGACUAUACGCCGGUGCAUUAUUUUAUAAACUAAAGCCAGUUAUCUGUGCUGCCCCCUAUAAGUAGUAAUAUAUGUUUAUUAUACAAUUUGUAGCAGAGUAAGGAAGACAUGACCUUUAUAAUUCUGCCACUGAAAAGUCAAUAAAUAUUUUGUUCUGUAGGCUUUCAGUCUUUUUUUAAAUUGUAGUAUAAUAUAGGUAACUUAAAUUUAUCCUUUUCACCAAUUUUAAGUGUCUAAUUCAGUGGCAUUAAGUACUUUCACAUUAUUGUGCAACCAUCACCUCUGUCCAUUUCCAGGACUUCUGUUUCCAUUAGUUCUGUUCCCAUUAAAAGUCUGUUCCCAUUAAACACCAACUCCUCAUCCCCCCGCCCCCCAGCCCUUGGCACCCACGAAUCUGCUUUCUGUCUCCACGGAUUUGCCAUUUCUGGACAUUCGUAGAAAUGGAGUCAUACGCUCUGUGGCCUUUUGUGUCUGGCUUCUUUGACUUGGCGUCAUGUUUUCAAGGGUCAUCCACGCAGGAGCCGGCAUCAGAACUUCAUUGCUUUUUUAUGGCUGAAUAACACGUGAGGACCACCUUUUGUUUAUCCGUUCAUCUGUCGAUGGGCAUUUUAAUGGUUUCCACCUUUUGGCUGUUGUGAAUAAUGCCGCCCUGAGCGUUGGUGUACAAAUAUCUGUUUGAGUGCCUGCUGUCAAUUCUUUUGGAUCCAUACUGAGAAGUGGAUUACUGGAUCAUAUGGUAAUUCUAUGUUUAACUUUUUGAGGACCCCCCAAACUUUUCCAUGGCGCCUAUUUUAUAUUCCCAGCAGCAAUGCACGAGAGUUCCGGUUUCUCCACAUCUGUUCUUUUUUUCACAAUAGCCAUCCUAAUGGGUGUGAAAUGAUAUCCCAUUGUACUUCUAGUCUUUUUUUAAAACAUAGAUGUUUUACUAUGUCUGAAAUUGUUUGGUUUUUUGCUUCAUGUUAUAACAAGACUAUCUCAGUUAGAAACACUCAUUAAAAAUAUUCAGUCUCAAGAGAAAAAUGUAACUAUGUGAGAUGAUGGAUGUGAACUAAACAUUUUGAUAAUCAUUUUGCAAUAUAUGCGUAUAUA